AUGUUAAAGUUUCCUUUGACUGUGUUAUUUUUCCAGAACUUCAAACCUCCCAAGAGGCCGUUCAAGAGGAUGGACUACUCUGAAGCCAUCGAGUGGCUCAAAGAGCACGACAUCAAGAAGGACGACGGCUCCUACUACGAGUUUGGAGAGGACAUCCCCGAGGCUCCAGAGAGGCUGAUGACAGACACCAUCAACGAGACCAUCCUGCUCUGCCGUUUCCCGGCCGAGAUCAAAUCCUUCUACAUGCAGCGCUGCGCCGACGACAGACGCCUCACCGAGUCGGUCGAUGUGUUGAUGCCAAAUGUCGGAGAGAUCGUCGGAGGCUCGAUGCGUACCUGGGACGCUGAGGAGCUGCUGGAGGGAUACAAGAGGGAGGGAAUCGACCCGACCCCGUACUACUGGUACACUGACCAGAGGAAGUACGGGACGUGUCCUCACGGCGGUUACGGUCUGGGUCUGGAGCGUUUCCUCACCUGGCUGCUGAACCGACAUCACAUCAGAGACGUCUGCCUCUACCCACGAUUCAUCCAGCGCUGCCGACCCUGAACACACACACACACACACACACACACACACUCUCUCUCCCACACACAUUCUGUUAGUAUAUCUGGACCUGGCAUGUGGCAGCACCCUGCGAGCCGUAAAAUCUGUCGCUACAAUACUAAAUCACAAAGAGUUGCGUGUUUUUUUUUUUUUCCUUUGGCUGUUUUUAUUUAACGUAUCAGACCUCAGCAGUUAAAGUCCCGCAGUGAGCUCCGUCACGUCUCACCACAGACAGCAAGAGACGCCACCUGCUGCGCUGUGCCUCAAACUUCACAGCCUCCUUAACGUUUGUUCUGACUUGAAUCAGAUCGUUUCUGCCUCAGCUCGUGUUCGCUGGCCGAUUAUUUAACCUGUCAGAAACACUGUCGUUUCCUGUGAUUGUGUAAAGGUCCUGGAAAAACUGUAAACAUGUCUCAAAUGUGGUCUUGGAUGCUGCUAAAUAAUGGCUUUUUCCACUUUAAAUUCAAUUUUUUUCAUCAACUUACUGUUUAUUUUAUUCAAAUUAUCCAUAGGAGUUUGUAAAAACGAACAUUAAAAUGAAAAAUCACUAAAUUAAAGCAGCAUAAAUGUACAUUUUUAAGUGUAUAUUUGCAAAUUCCUUUGGAAAAUUAUUCAAAAAAACAUUAUGAUACUGUUUAACGCUGUUCCACCUCAACUUUCUGUUUAUUUUAUUAAAAUGAUCCAUAGGAAUUUGUAAAAAAUGUAAUCAAAAAUGAAAAUUAAUCAAAUUAAUGCUGCAUAAAUAUACAUCUUUGAGUUAAUAUUUUUAAAAAACCCAUUAAGUUGCUGUUCCACCUCAAAUUCAGAUUUUUCGUCAACUUACUGUUUAAUUCAAAUUAUCCACAGGAAUUUGUUAAUAUGAACUUUAAAAGGGAAAUGUAUUAAAUGAAAGCAGCAUAAACGUACAUUUUUAAGUUAAUAUUAGCAAAUUUCUUUGGAAAAAUUAUAUAUAAAAACACUAACUCAGUGUUCAACUGUGCAGCUUUUUUCCUCAGCUGGUAUUUCGUCCAUCGUCAUCGGCUUUUAAAAGUCUUAGAAACUUAAACAUAAACCGAUGGAGCGAGCAGACAUGUUUUUUUUAAACGUCACAGCAUAUUUGGGACGUAAGUAGUCACAUCCACUCAGAAUAAUAAUUAAUGAAAUAAUUCUGAGAUGAGGACGUCAUAAUUACGAGGUUAAGUUUCCUUUUUUUUAAACAAAAUGCGAUGCACUUCUGUAGAAAACGUAGAAAAUGUGCAACAAAUGUUCAAAUGUCAGCGAUGGAUAAAAAAACAUUUGCGUCCAUAUUUAUCCCACAAAAAUAUCUGCUGUGAUAAGUCUGUCAGUGACUCGUAAUAUUUUCUGUCCAUUAGUUUCGGUGUAAAAACGGUAAAGUGCAUCUGAACCUCACACACACUCCGCUCCUCAUCGUUUUGGUGCCGGGUGACGUUUAUUCUCCUCGUUUGUUCGGUUAAAACCUAAAAUCACAGAAACGUCAGCGCUGCUGUGGUGCACUUUUCAUGUACGUGGGAACAUUUUACCUGAAAGAAACAGCCGGGGCUGCAAAUCAAAGGUGGAAAUAUGACGCUGGCUGCAGCGUCUCCGUCAAACUGACGUGAUGAUUUAGGAAUGAGACGUCGGCCUCAUGUUUGUAUUUUCUGCCUCUUCAUCUGAAGAUAUUCAAUAAACUGCAAUUCAAUAAAUGUGACUCAAACCGA